GCAAUUCACAUCUGGGCAGCCCAGAAAGCUGGUGCAGAGCUGCAUGCAUAUGAGCCCACAAACUGCAUUCGGAGAGGCUAAAAGGCAGUUGGAGUGGAACUUCGGAAGCAAAGUGAAAGUUACAGCUGCAUUUCUGAACAAGGCAUUGGAUUGGCCAGCCCUGAAAGCAGAUGACGGCGUAGGUGUAGCAUUAAGAUCAUACACAUUUUUCCUAAGAACCAGUUAUAACACAACGGAGGACGCCGGAUAUUUGGACGAAAUGGAAAACUCCUCACACAUGAAGGUGUUCGUCUCCAAGCUGCCGUUCAGGAUGCGUGAGUCCUGGAGGAUGAAAGUGUGCAGCAUCAGAGAGGAGCAAAAACGGAGAGUGAAAUUCAGAGACCUACUGGACUUCCUGGAAAGGCAAGUGAGAGCUGCAAUGGACCCCGUCUUCUGUGAAAUUCAAAAUACAAGAGCAAAAGCCACAACACCACCAACCCCCAAGUCAAUUGGAAAAGCCAAAGGCAGCAGCUUCGCCACCUCUGUUGCUCAGGUGCCACACCAGAGUGACACGCCCAACGUUGGAAAUGCAGGCAAAAUUCAGUGCUUGUUUUGCAAUGACGGCCACAUACUUGACAAGUGCACAACAUUCAAAAAGAAACCAAACAAAGACAAAAUUACGUUUUUACAGAGCAAAGGCGUGUGCUUUGGAUGCUUAGUACAAGGUCACUUAAGCAGGAACUGUCAAGAAAGGCUGACAUGCCGCACCUGCAGUAAGAAUCAUCCAACAGUUCUGCACAUCGAACCAAAACCUCAGAACACCCCAGCCGACCAUGAAACACAAACGGUCUCCAACGCACUUGUGUCCUUGGACUCUGAAGGUGAUACUGGGGUCGGUUCUAAAGAAUGCUCGCUGUCUGUUCUACCUGUCAAAGUCAGACUAAACAAAAGCACAAAAGUAAUCGAAACAUACGCUUUCUUGGACCCAGGCAGCUCAGCCACAUUCUGUACCGAGUCAUUAAUGACUCAGCUGAACGCACCUGGACAAAAAAUGGACAUACUGCUGAAGACAAUGGGGCAGGAGAAGUAUGUGAGUAGUCAUAAGAUCUCUGGCUUGGAAGUAGCUGCCUUAAAUGACAACAAAUUCUUGAGACUGCCAGAUGUGUACACUCAAAAGUCAAUCCCUGUCACGAAAGACAACAUACCCAAAGAAGAAGACCUUAAAAAAUGGCCUUACUUACAAGAAGUGGAACUGACGCCCAUCAAUGCAAGUAUUGGACUGCUGAUUGGUGCAAACGCACCUAAAGCACUGGAACCAUGGAAAAUAGUCAACAGUGAAGGUAAUGGACCCUACGCUGUCCAGACUCGUCUUGGAUGGGUCAUCAACGGCCCACUUGGACAAGAAGAUAGCGACGACAGCGAUACAGCUUCCGUACAGGUGAAUCGCAUCUCAUUAGGAAAAUUGGAAGAAAUGUUGAUUAAGCAGUAUAAUCAAGAUUUUGUCGAACAGCACUGUGACGAACACGCUGAAUUGUCUGUGGAGGACAAACAGUUUAUGGAAAUAAUGUCAAGCUCAGCAACACUUACCAAUGGUCAUUACUACCUGAAGCUGCCAUUCCGCGACUCCAAUGUAGUGAUGCCCAACAACAAACAAGUCGCCCAGCAGAGGGCGCAACAGCUGCUGAAAAGGUUCAAAAGGGACCAGUCAUUUUUUGAGGAAUACAAAGGAUUCAUGCAAGAUGUUAGCACAGAGGGAUACGCCGAGAUCAUACCUCAAGAUCAGCUGAGCCAUGAGGAAGGUAAAGUCUGGUUCUUGCCGCAUCACGGAGUCUACCACCCCCGCAAGAAAACAUUACGCGUGGUGUUCGACUGUGCCUCAUGUUUUGCUGGAACAUCCCUGAACAAACAGCUCCUCCAAGGCCCCGACCUGACAAACACCUUGUUAGGUGUGCUCACCCGCUUUCGUCAGGGUCCAAUGGCACUAAUGACUGACAUCAAAGGAAUGUUCCAUCAAGUCAGAGUGGCUGAGGAACACGCGAAUUACUUGCGCUUUCUGUGGUGGCCUAACGGCGACCUAACCAAAGACCUUACUGAGCACAGAAUGUUAGUCCACAUCUUCGGAGCAGUGUCCUCCCCCAGCUGUGCUACAUACGCCCUGCUAAAAACUGCUGAGGAUAAUGCACAUCUGUAUCCAGAGGAGGCCAUUAGCACCAUCAGAAAGAAUUUCUAUGUCGAUGAUGCCCUCAAGUCAGUUCAUUCAGUCGAACAAGCCACCUCUCUCUACCAGCAACUCACCGAGGUAUGUGCUAAAGGAGGGUUCAAGCUCAAUAAGUGGAUAUGCAGUGACCGCUCUGUUCUCUCUGAGAUCCCCGAAGCAGAUCGAGCCAGUGGAGUGAAAACACUUGACCUAAGCAGAGACCAGCUGCCUAUGGAAAGAGCCCUAGGCGUCCAGUGGGAUGUUGAACAAGACUCCUUCACCUUCAGCAUUCAUAACAAGCACAAGCCACUGACAAGACGUGGAAUACUGUCAAGUGUGAGCUCCAUUUACGACCCACUAGGGUUCUUAAGCCCGGUGAUACUCCCCGCAAAGCAGAUUCUGCAGCAGCUGUGCAAGUUGAAGCUGGCGUGGGAUGAGGCAAUACCACCAGAGAUGGCACAAACAUGGCAAAGGUGGGUGGAUGAUUUGAUUCUGUUACACUCAUUCAGUGUCAGAAGAUGCUUCACACCUAGUGAAUUUGGAAAUGUAGAAAUGGCACAGCUGCAUCACUUUUGUGAUGCCAGCGAAGUUGGAUUCGGUGCCGUAUCAUACUUACGGCUAACUAACAGCGAGAAGGAAGUGUGUGUUGCUUUUGUUAUAGGCAAAGCAAGGGUGGCUCCACUCAAGCACGUCACCAUACCUCGCCUGGAACUGGCUGCAGCAGUCGUUGCUGUGCGCCUGGACAAGAUGCUGUCAAAACAGUUGGAGCUCAACCUCAGUGAGUCAGUCUUUUGGUCCGACAGCAUGACCGUCCUAAAAUACAUCGCAAACACCACCACUCGCUUUAAGACCUAUGUAGCCAAUAGAGUUUCCAUCAUAAGUUCACUGUCUAAUGUCGGUCAGUGGAGACAUGUUGGCUCUAAGAUGAAUCCUGCAGACGCAGCUUCGCGAGGCAUGAAAGUUGGAGCCUUCCUGAAGUCCUCAACCUGGAUCACUGGUCCUGACUUUCUCGGAAAAACCGAGCGUGAGUGGCCAGCAAGCGUGGACAAAGCAUCGCUGCAUCCGGACGCUGACCCAGAAGUGAGAGAGGAGGUCCUUUCCUUCGCCGCACAGGCGGAAGAAGUAUGUCCCACCACUAAACUGUUGCUGCACUUCUCUAGCUGGACAAGGCUCAAGAGAGCCGUGGCAUGGAUUAUGAAACUGAAAGAAAAGCUAAGGCUAAAGAUAAAAGAAAAUGCACAAUGUGGAGAUCAAACUCCUGUCAAACAGGUAAAGAAAACAAACUACUUACCACUCACAGUCGAUGACCUGCUCUUAGCAGAGGAGGCAAUAGUGCGCUUUGUGCAAAAGAAACAUUACUCCAGCGAAUUGGCUGCACUGAAAUCAGGUGGUGUAAAGAAAUCCAGUCAACUGUACAAACUUGACCCCAUUGCCAUUGAUGAUGUAUUGAGAGUUGGUGGUAGGCUGAGCAGGUCCGCUCUACCUGUGGAAACAAAACACCCUGCAAUACUACCAAAAGAAAGUCACGUCUCAAAGCUCAUUCUUCAACAUGUACACAAUAAAGUUGGUCACAGGGGAAGAAAUCAUAUGCUCUCAACCCUACGACGACAGUACUGGAUUCCUCAUGCAAAUGCAGCAGCCAGAAAGAUCAUCAGUGAGUGUGUGAUAUGCCUAAAGCAGCGCCAAAGACCAGGUGAGCAGAAAAUGUCUGACCUGCCUGUUGACAGAGUCACAGCUGAUGCCCCACCAUUCACACAUGUGGGCCUAGAUUAUUUUGGGCCAAUAGAAGUUAAGAAAGGCAGAAGCCUAGUUAAAAGAUAUGGAGCACUUUUUACUUGCCUAACCUGUCGCGCAGUACACCUGGAGGUGGCGCAUUCCCUCAAUACAGAUUCCUGUAUAAACGCCAUCAGGAGGUUUAUCUGCCGCAGAGGCCAAGUCAAAGAAAUCCGGACGGAUAAUGGAACCAACUUCGUCAGCACAAACCGUUUAUUCAAGAAGGAUGACCUGUACGCUCGGAGACGCUGGAGGCAAGUGCAAUACAUCGCCGACCUCUUCUGGAAGAGGUGGACGACCGAGUACCUCCCUCAAUUGCAAGAGCGGCAGAAGUGGAACAAAGUUCACAGAAACUUCACAGUUGGUGACAUCGUGCUCGUGGUGGAAGAGUCCGCACCCAGAGGUGCGUGGCCCAUUGGGCGCAUCACCGACACCAUGGCAGACUCCAAAGGGUGCGUUCGACGGGUCCGUGUCAAGACACAGACCAACGAGUUGGAAAAGCCCAUCACCAAGAUCUGCCUCCUGGUGGGGGUAGUUUAAGGGGCAACAGUGAAUGUUCGCCUCCAACGGAGUCAUGUUCUUGAACCUCUGACUCUACACAUCUACAGAUGCUCACUUACUGAUUUAGUCCGUGAUGCAAUAGGCGUCACAACCUUUAUGCUGAAAACAUGCACACAGUCCAUAAGCACACAGAACACAUGCACACAGACCAUUGCAUACACUUGAAGCCUUUUUUUUCCCUUUCAAGAAGAAGAAUUUUUGUUGUUUACGGACCGAAAACCAUUCGUAAAUGCACUUGAGUAUGAACUUUAAUAACAAUGCAAAAAAAACCACAAAAAAGAAAAAAAAAAGGAAAGCAAAUAGCAUUGAAUUGUAUGUAAGCUUACAUUUUUCACCGUACUUGUAAUGGCCAUUCACUUGUAUAUAUUGUAUAUAGAUUUAUAAUUACUUGUUGUUCAAGAAUUAGGGGCCGGAAUGUAAUGGCCGUUUCUGUUUUUUGUUAAGCUCACUUCGACCCGUGAUUUGUAUACGCCUACCUAGGCACAGGCGCAGGUGAUUUUAGGUCACGCCCACCGCUCUAGCAUAGUUGGAAAGUAAUGUCGGGCGGCGUGGCAUGGUUUGGGCAAGAUAAAAAGAUUUUACCACACACCUAAUACAAGCAUUUUGGAUUAUGGAAAUAGAAAACAUUUGUUAGAACUUCAUGCAAAGAAGACCAUUGGAAUAAACAGAACUCUAUUUUGGAAA